CGUAUUUGACCGCCGUCAAUACGGUAGCUUGUACUAUAGAAGAAGCAAGACAACUAGAUGUAAGCGGAAUACUAAAAUAGUGUAUUUAAUUCAAAACCCCAACGAAACGUUGUUGGCGCUGAUGUCCACCAGUUACUUGGAUUGAUUUUAACACUUGGAAAAGGUAAUCUGAAAUGUGGUUUGAUCGCCUUUAACUUAUUGUAUCCUCUGGCUAAAAAUACUGCAUCCAAAUUUGACGAUGGUUGUUUGAGAAUGAAUGGAUUUGAUUGGACACUGAGCUUGCAUUGAGUUUCUCCCAUUUGCAGCUGUCACCAACAGUUAAAGGUGAGAAACACAAAACUAGCAUAAUGGCUGAGGCUGUGGCCAAUGUGGCCCGGAGGGUCAAUGCCACCGUGGAAGAGGAGAAAGACACUCUGGAUCUUUCGAACUGCAAACUGAUCAGUUUUCCGGACGGAGUGUUCCGGGUCCUCCACUGCGUCGCAGAGAAGAUCCACAUGGUCACAUUGGCUGACAAUGAGAUCAAGGGAUUAACUGGCAAAUUCUUCAAAACCUUCACUCAGUUGAGAGAGCUGGAUUUGCACAACAAUGCCAUCAUGAGACUACCAGAUGUGGUUGCAGAGUUGGAGCACCUGACCAGCAUAAACCUGGCCAACAACAAGCUGUCUGUCUUCCCCGAGAGACUAACUGACAUCCAGUCACUUGAGAGGAUCAACCUGGAAGGAAAUGCCAUCACUGAUAUACCUGUGGAGAAGUUGCAGGCCAUGCCAGUUCUGAAAUGUUUAAACCUAAAGUCAAAUCCUCUGGACAACAACUUGUUAACUGCCAUUCAACAAUUUCCCCAAACAUUUGAAAUUCAAACUACAACGGACAACUAAGGACUGUUUUUAUUCCCACAUCCAGAGACAUUGAGGAUUGCAUGCUGUGCCUAUAGACGUUUUCCUAAGGGCAGUUAGUUGGUUUUAAUUCCUCAGGCAUUACAUUGGGGAACCAUCGAAGAGGACGCCUGAUCAGAACACAAUAUGCUGUAGUUGCUGUAUUUGUUGAAAUUCAAUUAAGAGAUAGCAAAUAUAUCCUGUUUACACCUCACAGCUGCCUUUCAGUAGCUACAGUUAUUACCUAAUCCUUAUUAUUAUAAUUUUUUUGACAGUUUCCUUUAUCACAAUAGCAUUUUCAUUGAUUGUCAAGGGUAUGGCAAUAAAAGGUCAAUUAAAAAAAAAAAUCUGUCUUUUGAGCACAACUGGAGAGACGUCCUUUGUCUCCCCUUGUGCAUUUCAGCUCGCUGUCGCGGACCACAUGACUGAAAUAGGAUGUGGGGAACCACUUCCAGGCCAGACUAUUAGGUAUUCACUUUACAGCCAAUCAACUCUCAUUCAGCAGCUCGCAUGCCUCUGUGAAUGAAUUUACUCCUCAUCAUACAAAACACAGAAUAAAUAUCUUGAAUCCA